CAGUGCAUUCUGCUGCUUAUCCGGGGAUGUCACACCGCUGCUAUUUUCUCCCCUCGGUCCCUCGCACUCUCAGCCCGCAGCUCCAGAGCACCGACACCGGGCCACGAACGGACGCCGACCGACGCUAACGACUUCGGGAACCAGAGGGCCGACGAUGGCAGAGCUGGCAGCGGGAAGCCUGCCGUUAGGGGACCCGGCCUUUAACUACCAGGAUCAGGAGCUGACCGAGCGGCUGAAGCGGCUCUACCCGGCGGUGAACGAGGAAGAGACCCCUCUGCCCCGCUCCUGGAGCCCCAAGGAUAAGUACAGCUACAUCGGGCUGUCACAGAACAACCUGCGGGUCCACUAUAAAGGUCAUGGAAAGAACCACAAAGAUGCAGCAUCAGUGCGAGCCACACACCCAAUCCCUGCUGCCUGUGGGAUCUACUACUUUGAAGUCAAGAUUGUCAGCAAAGGUCGAGAUGGGUACAUGGGCAUUGGCCUGUCUGCCCAGGGAGUCAACAUGAACAGACUGCCUGGAUGGGACAAGCACUCAUACGGCUACCACGGAGAUGACGGCCACUCCUUCUGCUCCUCCGGGACCGGCCAACCGUACGGCCCCACCUUCACCACGGGCGACGUGAUUGGCUGCUGCGUUAACCUCAUCAAUAACACUUGCUUUUACACCAAAAAUGGCAUCAGUUUAGGUGUAGCCUUCACAGACCUCCCUCCCAACCUGUACCCCACGGUCGGCCUCCAGACACCGGGCGAGAUCGUAGACGCUAACUUUGGCCAGCAGCCGUUUGUGUUUGACAUCGACGACUACAUGAGCGAAUGGCGAGCCAAGAUCCACGGCAUGAUCGCUCGCUUUCCCAUCGGAGAGAGGCUGGGAGAGUGGCAGGCCGUCCUGCAGAAUAUGGUGUCCAGCUACCUGGUGCACCAUGGGUACUGUGCCACCGCAACAGCCUUCGCCAGAGCCACAGAGACCCUGAUACAAGAGGACCAGACGUCUAUAAAGAACAGACAGAGAAUACAAAAGCUGGUGCUCGCAGGACGCGUGGGCGAAGCCAUAGAAGCUACUCAGCAACUUUAUCCUAACCUGUUAGAGCACAACCCCAACUUACUAUUCAUGUUGAAGUGUCGUCAGUUUGUGGAGAUGGUGAACGGUACAGACAGUGAAGUUCGCUGCUUGACCAUUCGCUCCCCGAAGUCCCAGGACAGUUACCCCGGCUCCCCCAGCCUCAGCCCCCGUCACGGAGCCAGCAACACACACCUGCAACCCGGAGGAGAAAGCCCUACCUGCAGUAACGGGGUGACUCCUCCCAGUAAGUCAAAGAGCCACGGUGGCACAGGUAGCAGCAGUGUCAAAUAUCCCAGCGCGUCUUCUUCUGCAUCCUCAUCCACCUCCUCCUCCCCUUCCUCAGUCAACUACUCGGAGUCCAACUCCUCCGAUUCCACCAAGCCACACAGCGCCAACAGCACCCAGGAAACCAGUGACAGUGAGAUGGAAAUAGAAGCAGAGCACUUCACCAACGGGGUUGUUGAAGGCUCCUCUGCGCGGAUCAUGAAUGGGACAUACAAACAUGAAGAGAUCCUUCAGCCAGACGACAACAGCAUCGGCAAUGGGGUCACAGCAGAUGAGGGUUGUAUUAAUGGCAAACAGCUUUGUGGAGGGAACCAGGCGGCCACAGAGAGGAUGAUCCAGUUUGGACGGGAACUGCAGGGACUCAACGAACAGCUGUGCCGCGAGUACGGCAAAAACGCCACGCACAAGAAGAUGUUACAGGAUGCGUUCAGUCUGUUAGCGUACUCCGACCCGUGGAACUGCCCCGUCGGCCAGCAGUUAGAACCCACGCAGAGAGAAACACUCUGCUCUGCACUCAACAGCGCCAUACUGGAGUCUCAGAACCUGCCGAAGCAGCCUCCGCUGAUGUUAGCGCUGGGCCAGGCCACGGAGUGCGUUCAGCUCAUGGCCCGAGUCCGGUCUGGUUCCUGCUCUUUCGCCAGAGUAGACAACUUUUUGCACUAGCGCCGGUCCAGGUUAAUGUUAAGUAGCACUGAGAUGUCCAGCAGGUAGUUGCCAUGGCGAUGGAGGAAUGAGCAUGCGUGUGAUUGGCUGUCCUUCAGAACCAAUCAGCGCCACCGACAGAGGCAGAGGAGAACGUGACGGAGAGAGAGAGAGAAGAAAGCUUCCUUUUAAUUUAGUAUUAUCGAACAAAGAAAUGUGUGACACUAUUUAAAGAUGAUUAAUUAUUAUUCUGUUUAUCUAGCCUUUCUUUUCUUUUUUGUUCUUUUUUUUUUUUUGUCAGUUUGUUGUGCUCAUCCUGGACAAAGACUAAAUUGUAAAACCCCCUUAUUUUAUUCUUCUGUUUUGAAGGGGGGAUUUUUGAUUCCCUACAAUCAGUAUUUUACUCACGUUGUUGUUGUUGUUGUUGUUCACCAUAUCACAGUCCACAAUACUCACAGCUGGGUACCACAGUGACCCUCACGACUGUAGGUCACCAUAACAAAACCUGAAGUAUAUUACAUCAUCUUUAAUAAACUUGUAGAAGACAGCCAGACUCGGCAGCGCAGCCUUUUAUUCCCCUGCUCAGCGAACAAGUCCUCAGCAGGAAACACACCUCUGAUUGGUUGGAGCUGGUCGAGGCCGAGGCAGCUGAGUAGCAAACACUAACACCGACAGAGAAGGGACUGAUGUCAGACAGAAGUGAGCAGCUAGUCAUUUGGAAAAGUUGGAGCUAUGGAAUUUGGUGCUGUGUUUCGUUAGUCGACCAAACCUGAAACCCGUCACCUGGGUAGGAAACAUAAUUGCUUUGAGGCAAACGCCGCCAGUAACGAGGGGGAAGGGUGUAACGAGGGAUCCAAUUGGAUUAUUCGAGGUGUCGAGGCCGUGGCUUUUGCCGUAACUGGCAGAGCUCGGCCUCUGCUCCCCCCCCCCCAGUGACCCCAGCACCUGCUCUCAGAAACGAGCCUAACUCUAUUAUCAUGGUCACCUUGAUGCCAGCGUAAAGGAAAUCAGAAUCAAAGCCUAACAAGCCCAGUGUGUGUACAGGUAGAAUCCCAGUCGCCCCAGGGGCCUUCUCUUUCAUAUCAUCCCCAGUCUGACUCGCUCUGUGCUGCCGCAAUCAGAGCCGAACAAGAAGUAGAAAAAACAGGAAGUUUUAAUUUCACACUGACUUUUUGAGAAUUAAAGUUUAGUUUCAAUCUCAAGCAUCUUUACUAAGAUGGAUGACGCGUCUGCACGUCCUACUAGUAUCUAGAAAUAAGGCCAAAUUAUCCUGACACCAGGAGACAAUCAAGUUGAUCACACAAAUACAAAUAUGAAGCAAAUAUCACAGACCUAGUCAAGUCUAACGUUAUUUACAAUAUGUAGCAUAAAACCACAAGCGUGCCCCAGAAUGUCCCCCCCCCCCGUUCGAUAACAAAAAGAAAGGGAGAGAGGAGGAUUGUGUUGUUCAGGUUCGCUGCUGGCCACUAUGAGAUUUACAAAGAAGUCGUCACAGAGGUUUGAGUUGUGUAGCCACUGUAACAAAACUACCAAAAACCCUCUUGUGUGAACCACUCCUCUCUGUCAGAGUGUUCACUAUUAAAUAGAGAAAAUUAACAAAAUGUCAAUACAUGGAUUUAUUGUAUUAAUUUCUCUCAAAGCCCUUUUAACCUCCAGCUCCUCUCGACUACACAACCUCUCGUCAGCCUGGAUGUAUAACCCGGCAGCACAGUUAAAAAAGCCUAGACUGUGAAUAAAGAUGGUUUACUAGCCUCCUACCAAAGUGUCAUGCUGGUGAUUUGGAGUCUGCAGUGACACCGUGGUUUCAAGUUAAUAACCGCUUGUCCACAGCUGUCGUUUUUAUAACAUUGGUCAAGAAGAGAAACAAACAUCAGCGUGAUAAGAACUACACAAAACGGCAGAAACCAUCUUUGAGGGGGAACUUUUUUUUUGGUUUGUCCUGUGUCACGUCUGCUAACAUGGAGGAGGUGAAGUUUAUUACCUAAACUUCAGUCGAGAUACUUUGGCUUCACUUUCAGGGGCUUCUCAUGUCAUCCAUCUUUAUUUACAGUCUAUGAGGAACAGGGUCAGACCAGCAGGAGCCGGCUGGCCGUGAGGUCAGAAUUCAUAAUGAGAUGAAUUUAUUCAUUUAAAUGAUCCUUUAGAAUUAUUGUCCACACACACUCUCCUUAGCUGUAUCUGUCGUAAAAUGUUUAUUUUCCAUCUUUUGUUUUACACAGGACUUAUUUUCUACCAAAUAGCAACGACUGAAUGUUGUCUGACUCGUGGCGGCUGUGACCCUGCGGUGUACAUUUUCCAUUUGUGAGAGCUUUUGAAUUCUGUGGUAGUGAAACGUGGAGAAUCACUGAAGUACAGUCGGUUUGCAGCGUGAGGUCAACUACAGGUCAAACUGUGUAUUUGUUUUUUUCCCUCACACCGUCUGCGAUAAUAGGAAUUAUUCUAACAAGUAUACACAGAGUUUAUACUUGACAUCUGCUUCUACAGCUGUAAAGGACUUCUGUUACACACACACAGACACACACACACACACACACACACACACACACACACACACACACACAAGAGAACAACCUCAUACCUGUAGGGAGCGAGUCUCCCAGCUGUCCUUUGUGUUUGAGCCCGGGCUGCGUCUCAACACUGUUACCACGCGCCCUUCCCCUCGUCCCUGCACAGCCACUGAAGGGAUCAGUGAUUGUUUUUAUGGAACUGGAGGGAUGUGAACAGUUUUGGAACCGGGCCCCUCGAGGCCCCCCGGAGCCUCAUGGACUACUCUUCCCCCCCCCCACCGAGGAGGCCGCAGAAACAAACGGCUUCAGGCUUUGCAGACAAGCUGUGCACAGUUGACGUCUAUUAUGAUUUUAAUUUCCUAUUUUGACUUUUGAGUUUUAGAAAAAAUAAAGGAGUGAGUGACCCUCUACUUAGCAUGACUUUGACAACCUUUAAAACGACGUAAAAAAAAAAGUAAAAAUUAUAAUUGAAAAAAAAACUAUGUACUGGAAACAUGUUAAAGAAGAAAUAUUGUAUUCUGUUUAAUUUUGACAGACUUAUUUUUAUUAAAAUACACCCAUAAGCAUA